ACUGCACAUAUGCAAGACCGGGAAGAAUGUUUCGAGCACAUGAGAACAUUGUGUCAAUGUCAGAAACACUGUCAAAGGCUCUUUCUGAUAGAGGAGUUGACGAGAGUAUUGUACUUAAGAGAAGAAGAGCAGCAUUACUGGAAGAAAAUAUGGAAACAAUAUCAUCACAACUACAGAAUUUAAAUUUUACAGCAUACCACUUUGGCAGCCAGUCAGAGGGCACGACAAUAAUGGAUCUUAAUUCAGACAGUGACAUACUAAUAUGUGUCAAUGACUUUAAUGUGAUCCAAGAUAUAAGUGACUGGAAACCUGAUGUAAAAACUUUAAUGAUGAUCCAGGAUGAUACUGUAUCACCUGGCUAUUGCCUUCUGCAACCUCUCGGAGAACUUCCGAAUUGUACUAAUCAUUUAAGGGAAAGAAAAGGAAAAAUACUGCUAAAGAACAAAUAUUUGGCUGACGCAGGUUUACGAAAUGCUCUCUAUGAAGGACAAAUAAUACAUGGACCAGCAAUCACAUUACAAAAUCAACCUGGGUUAAACGAUCAUGACUUUGUUUAUGUUUUCCCGUGUAAGUCCUGGCCUCUUCAAGCAAGGCAGUGGUUAGACUGGCAAGGUGUUGGUCAGUGGCCUUCAGCUGACAUGAGAAGAUACUGUGGCAGUACUGGAUGUUUCCUUGUUGGUACUGGAAGCAAGGGCAGUGAACAUGAGGAACUUGAAUGGAGAAUAUCAACAUCUCUAGCAGAAAGACGCUUGAUGUUCAGUCUCAAUAUUACACAGAUUCGAUGUUACGUCUUGAUGAAGAUGAUACUGAAACGCUUUAUAAAGCCAUACUUUAAAGAUACCAUUUCCAGUUUCAUGUGUAAAACAGUUAUGUUUCACUGUAUUGCAAAUACACAUUCAAACAUCUGGAGAGAAAAUAACCUAUAUGGGUGUCUGUCAUUAUGUUUAUUUGUCCUACACCACUGUAUUUUGAAUGAAAAUUGUCCACACUUUAUCAUACCUGGAAACAAUUUGAUGAAAGGGAAAAUACCACACACAGAUAAACCAUACAUUCUGCAAAAAAUACGUGAUAAUUUAGCUCAUUGGUGGAUAAUACCACCGAGAAAUGUAGGUGAUGUGCUUUCCGGACAAAUAUUAAAGCCACUUACAUGCAGCAUUGAACAUGUCAAUAGGUCUUUUCUAAAUUUAUUCAUUUACAAAAACAGUAGUAAUGAAGAAGUUGUACAAACACUGCAGAAGUAUAUUACCAAAUUAGCUGUUUUAAAUCAGCGUGAAGGAGUGGACAAAACAGCAUGCCGUCUUCUUGAACAACGUUUCUGUACAUCCUUAGGAACAGUCCUAGCAUCCCAAAGCAUUCAGUUGGACAAUACAGUAUCAGAAGAAGCUCUCACCUGGAUCUCCUUGGGUUUGAACACAGAUGUUUCAUCUAGUAAACUGAAGCUAGCAUCAAUUUACUAUUGUAUAGGGGAUACUCAUAAAACAGAAAUUACUCUCAGGAAUAUUGAAAGAAGCUAUGACCUAAACACUGUUGAACCUAUCUGUGGUUGCCAUUUUUACAACACUGAAGCUCUAAGAAAAGGAUUUUUUGAAAAAGCUAAUGAUCAUAGCUAUGAAGAAGCUAUGCAGCACAUUACAGCACUCUGUGUUAAAUUUCUGCCAUAUGAAAUAAAAUGUGCUCCACAUGAACUACAGUACGAAAUGUAUAGAUCCACAAAAGCUGAUCUAGCAUUCAGACCCCCAGAUGAAAACUGGAUAAAAUGGGCAGUGGUUGAUUCUCUCCCUUACCUCUACUUUCUACAGUACAAGACCUAUAAAAGUCUUGGGAAACAAGAUGAAAAGAAAAGAGCGCUGUCUAACCUUCUCAAGACAACUGACCGAGAACCAAAUCUUGGACACAAGGAAACAGCCUUAAAUUUACUUGGACAAUGCAUGGAACAAGAGGACAGGGCUACAGAUGCUUUGCACUGCUAUUCAAAAUCCUUAAACCUAAGGAAGAAUUACAACGCAGCAAAGAUCCAUAUCUGUAGACUUUUAUCAAGUUUACUAACAAACAAGUAGAGUAAGAAAGCACCAGUGCAAAAAAAACUAGACAAUAAUUUACACCUUGCCGUUUUUCAGAUAUAGGGGAAAGAUUGCCCACAGAGGCAGUGUCGGACAACGUUAUCAACUUAUCAGCAUCAUACUGUUGUCAUGGAAAAAUACCAUAAAGUUCAAUAUGGGAGUAAUAUCAAAAAUUGGUUCAGUUUUUGCAAUGAACAAAAUAUUAAUUCCUUUUCACAACAUGUAAAAGAUAUUUUAGAUUUUGUGGCAUUCCUUUAUAAGAAAGGUCUUAGCUACAGUGCUUUAAACACCGUUAGGUCAGCUGUGAACUCAUUAAUCAAUACCAUGUCUUGUUCCACUAACUGGGUGGGAAACAAUCAUCUGAUAAAGAGAUUUAUGAGAGGUGUGUUUUUACUCAGGCCCUCUACCAAGGUAUCAGUUUACCUGGGAUGUUGAAAUUGUUCUUAAUUAUGAUGAGUGAAACAGAUAAAUUCAUGCAGUGACUUGAAACUUACAACAUUUAAAUUGAUAGGAUUGUUAAGUUUGUUGACUGCACAAGAUUGCAAUCCCUUCACCUUCUAAAAACGGGAAAUAUAGAAUUUACCAAAGAUGGUGUAAAAAUUAGAAUAACUGAAUUGUUAAAGCAAUCUAGGCCUGGAAAUCAUUUGAAUGAGUUAUAUUUUCAAUCAUUUUCUGAAAAAUCUUUGUGUGUGGUUACCUGCUUACAUUGUUACAUGGAAAUAACAUCAGUUUACACAAUAAUGAGACUUCACUGUUCAUUUGUUUAAGUAAAUCUCAUAAAGCCGUGUCAAAGGACACAGUUGCUAGAUGGGUUAAGCAAGUACUGGAUAACGCAGGCAUCGGCACUUUUAAGUUUAAGCCCCAUAGCAUCAGAGCUGCUUCUGCAUCUCAUGCUUCUAAAAAGCAUGUACCUGUGAGUACUAUGAGAACUGCUGGUUGGACAAAGGAGUCAACUUUCCGGAAGUUUUAUAAUAAGCCAAUCACAAAUGAUACGGCCUUCGCAGAAGCUUUUCAACAGAAAUGACUCUGCAAACUGAAUUAUUAACGUUGAUAGCAAUUUAUAUGCAGUGAAUGAUAUAUGACUAUAAUGACUUUCAUAUAGUAUCUGUAGUAUUAUUUUUCCUCAUUGUAUAUGCUCUCAUUGAUGUUUUUAUAACAUAUAUUGAUACUUAGUUUUGUUAGACAUUUAUGUAUGCUUAUUUAGAACAGUAAAUAGAUAGUCACA